AGCAUGGACAUGGAGGACUACAUCUACAACUACACAUACACAGAUGAUUACAAUUUUACUGAUGAAGAAGCGGUCUUCAAGCACCAGUCAACCUGUUUCAGCGAAGUCAUGUGUGUGUCUUUGGUGAUAGUAAACCUGCUCAUCUUUUUUCUGGGCCUCUUUGGGAAUGCCCUGGUGAUUUGGAUUGCUGGCUUUAGGAUGAAAAAGACAGUGAACACCACAUGGUACCUCAGCCUGGCCAUCUCUGACUUCAUCUUCUGCGCUUGCCUGCCCAUAACCAUUGCCAGCAUGGUCAUGGAUAAAUGGAUUUUUGGACUAUUUAUGUGCAAAAUGACAUCUUUUAUAAUGUUUGUUAAUAUGUUUGGCAGCAUUUUCUUACUGGUCAUCAUCAGUGCAGAUCGUUGUGUGUCUGUAAUGUUCCCUGUUUGGGCACAGAAUCACCGCUCAGUGAAAAUGGCCUCUAUUGUUGUUGGGGUGGCUUGGGUUUUGGCUAUAGCUCUCAGCGUCCCUUCAGCUAUGUACCGCCAAGUGUUAACUCAUUUUGGUCAGACCGUUUGCUUUAGCUCGUACCCCCCUCAUGGCCAUCGGAUAGUGGCCCUCACACGCUUCUUUGUUGGUUUUGUAGGGCCUUUGGUCAUCAUCUUAGGCUGUUAUUCUGUCAUUAUCCUCAAACUGAGGCAUAACAGGAUGACCAAAUCGUCCAAACCAUUUAAAGUCAUGACAGCUUUAGUUCUUGCAUUCUUCAUCUGCUGGUUGCCCUAUCAUGUCUUUAUCCUCUUGGAGUUGAACCAUCAUACAUAUAUCCACGAUGUGGUAGUAACUGGGCUCCAAGUUGGCACGUCAGUAGCAACAGCAAACAGUUUUCUUAACCCAGUGCUGUACGUGUUCAUGGGGAACGACUUCAGGCAGACGUUCAAGAGCUCAAUGCUGAGAAAGAUGGAAAAUGCGAUGGGCGAAGAGGGACGCACUACCAGCCGAUAUCUCUCCCGCUCCAGCUCCAUAGACACCCGGGCCUCCACGCACAUCUAGGCAGAGGAACACUGGACAGUAGGCUACAUGUACAUUGUUUUUUUAAUUAGGGCUGCAACUUACAAGUAUUUUAGCAGUUGACUAGUCCCCAAAAUUUUUUUUUUCUUCAUGUGUAUAACCAGAAACUGAUUUAAAAAAAUAUAUGGGCCCUUGCCAAGUAGAGGCUUCUAAAUAGAGAAUAUAGAAUAUUGGAAACCAAAGUGUAAUGUUGAUUAAAAUCACAAAUUGUUUAUUCUUUUCAUAGCAUUUUUUAUUUAAUCUAAACUAACGAUCAUCAAAUUUAAUGAUUAUUAUUAUUAACUAGUCGAUCAUUAGAUCGACUAGUUAUGAUUGUGUUGCAGCCCUACUUGUAA